AUGUUAGCGGCAUUUUGUACAAAACAUGGCAAUGAUUGGGACUUAUGGCUAAACGCAGUAGUUUUCGUGUACAACACUAGUCGACAAGAAUCACUACAAACCUCUCCAUUUGAAAUAGUUUUUGGACGUAUUCCAAGAUUACCGUUAGAAUUAGAAUUAGGACUCCCACUGAAAGAUCCCAGUACGCGAUCAGAGUACACUCAGUCGCUUAGGAAGAUAUUUAAGGAGGUGAGGGAGGUAGCAAGGCAGAAUUUAGAGAAUGCAAGAACAAAAGAGAGAAAAUGUAGCGAAGAAAGAAUUCGGACAUGGAGCCCUUUCGCCCCAGGGGAAACAGUAUACCUGCGCAGACCGAAAGGAUGGAAAUUGGGGGCGAAGUGGAUUGGGCCAUUUGAAAUUGUUUGUAGGAUGGGUGUUGUUUACAAAAUAAGGUCGAGCAAAGGUAAGAUUACGGUGGUUCAUCAUGAUCGGCUAAAGCGUGGCUAUGCACCGGUGAAUGGCGGCAAUGUUGUUUGCCCUGCUCCAGAACUUGGGGGUGACCGGGUGGUUUACACUGCUCCCACAGACGACGUUCAACCUAAUUGCGACAAUGCUCCACAUAUCCCACGGGUUAGGCCUAGGAAUCUCAGGCAAAACGUUCAUCCGCCUGAUCGGUACGGCUUUGCUGCGUAG